AUGCCUCCUCAGAUUAAACAUGAUCUCAACCGCUCAGGCUGGGAGUCAACAGACUUUCCAUCUGUAUGCGAAAAUUGUCUCCCUGAAAACCCCUAUGUGCAGAUGAUUAAAGAGGACCAUGGUGCAGAGUGCAAGAUUUGUACUCGCCCCUUUACCAUCUUCCGCUGGAAAGCCGACCGUACCUCGCGCCAGAAGCGCACCAAUAUUUGUCUCACCUGCGCCCGCCUGAAGAACUGCUGCCAAUGCUGCAUGCUCGAUCUGUCAUUCGGUUUGCCGAUCGUCGUCCGUGAUGCCGCCUUGAAGAUGGUCGCGCCUGGCCCCGAAAGCGGAAUCAAUCGCGAGUACUAUGCGCAAAACCACGAGAAGGAAAUCGAAGAAGGAAUCGGUGCAGUCGAGGAAUACGAAAAGACCGAUGAUAAGGCCCGCGAGCUGCUGCGCCGCUUGGCAAACAGUGAACCGUACUACCGCAAGCCUCGUCGCAUUGAGGGCCCUGAAGGCGAUGAGGGAAAAUUUAGCUCGACGGACCAACCCCGCACAAACAGUCGGUACGGAAACGCGCCUGGCCCCGUUCGCACAGGUGACAGCCGCCUGGGUAACCGCUUGCCUGGCCGGGGAGGCGCACGAGGUCGCGGUGGUCGUCCAUUCCCUAGUACCGCCCAGCUUCCUCCAUCGGCGGAAGACAUCAACCCGCCUGCUGAUCCCAAUGUUACGUCGCUAUUCUUGACUGGUGUGGAGGAUGAUCUUCCGGAACAUGCCCUUCGGACCUUCUUUUCCAAGUUCGGUACUCUUCGCUCACUUGUCUGUUCUCAUCGCUCGCACUGCGCAUUCGUUAACUACAUGACUCGUGCCGAUGCCGAGUCCGCAGCCAAGGAGUGUCAAGGAAAGGCGAUUGUCCAAGGUUGUCCGUUACGGGUGCGCUGGGGUAAGCCCAAGGCACUUGAUAACAUGGACCGCGAGGAACGGAUUCAGAAUGCUCGCGAAGGUCGCCAGGCUGCGGGACCUGUCCAGCGUGGUCAGUCUGAUAAGAAGGCUAUCACUGCUGCGGGUGGUGCGGAUGGCCAGGAGGCUCCGGCCAAGGCCUAUGCAGUGGCCCCACCACCAGGCUCUGGAUCUGUCCAAUACGCCAGUAUGAAUGGGGAAUAA